AUGACUCUACCGCACCGCGACUACAGCUCAGUUGGGCAACUCGAAGCCAAAAGCAUGGAGACGAUUAACCUGAAGCGGCCCUGGACCUCUUCGCCCGCGCCCCGUCUCACAGGACCCGGCCGUCGCCUCUUCCGCCGCCAAAUAGCCUGGCGUUUCCUGAACGUCGUCCUUUUCUGUGCCCUCCUGGUCGUCGUGCUCGACGUGUUCGGGCGGAAGGGUCCUCUUAGUCUGACGGAGAAGCGCGGCUUCAACACGCUGACCCUGCUAUUCUCUGCCAUCGUCAGUCUGUCGCUGGGCUCGUUGCUCAGCCUCCUGGGUUCUAUGCUGCGCUGGCGCUUGUUGGCGUGGGAGAAGCACAGUCUGCGGGAUGUUGACCUAAUUUUGGGAGCCACGAGUCCCACUGGGUCGCUCAAGCUGAUUUGGCACCAUGCCACGGAUCGGAAUGCGCGGUGGACGCGGACGACGUGGGCGGUGCUGCUCUAUUUGCUCGUGAACGUGCUCGGCCGGUUCAGCAUUGCCGCACUCGGUUUGGCGUACAAUCUAAACGAGAUACCCUACACCGAGUACCCAGUCAUGGUUCCCGAUUGGAGCUCUAAGCCGUGGUAUCAUGCGACGAAUCGGACGGACCCGGACUAUCCUUAUGUUCCAUUUAGACAUCACCAUACCAUAAGGAACUGGAACGCUUAUGCAACGCUUGCGCUAUCGGCCUUGCCUGCUGACUUUGACGUCGACGACCCGUCGUCAUACAACACGAGGAAUAUCGGCGGAAAGGGUCUGGACAGGACGGUGAACGGAAGCCACGUCACCUACUCUUACGCGCUGAAGGAGUAUCGUAACUCUGAGGAGCUGCCGCCCACGGAUACAGUGCUGCGCAGCUCGGCGAGCUGUGUCGGGAGGUCCGUCAUUGGAGAUAACGUGUACGAACAGGGAAAGCGGAUUGGGACAUGGCGGGUGAAUGACAGGAAUGUCCCUGAUUCGAAAAACUCCAUGUCCUUGGACGUAACUCGCGCUCUUUGUCUUGAUCCUCUUAAGCCGUUGGACCUGUGGGGUGGCAUCAACAUGUGGACGGUAUGGGAACCAGACGAGCGCUCCCCCGGCGCGAGCUACUCCCCCGGCGGCUGCUCUACAUCAUACUUCUUUCGAAAAGAAGAAAACCCGGGAAGCACCGAGUGCGACCCAUCCAAGUCAUGCUGCGCCACCUUCUACGAACUCCUCCUCUCCUUCGGCGGCCUGGACACGCUGCUCGCCCGCAGCGUCACCAACCAACCCGCCCCCCUCUUCUACAAACUCUACAUCGAGUCCAACGGCGGCAAGGCCGCCGCCAAAACCGCCCGCACCCGCGUCGACUUCGUCGACUACCUCGCCUCCGCCCUCAACAUAACCGGCUUCUACAACCCCACCACCCCGCUCCCCCUCCCCCUCGCCGACGAACUGCACGCCGCCCACCUCACCGCGCGCCUGCCCCUGCUAACCGUCAUGGGCGCCGAGAUGCAGCUCCCACGCGUCCCUAAACACGCCACCGCCCACCCCGCAGAGCGCCACCUCGUGCGCAUAGCCCUGGAUGUCAAAUGGGCGGCCGUCGUGGCCGUCAUGGGUGCGAUCGUGCUCGGGCAGGCGGUGGUGGUGGGCGUGACGGUGGCGUGCUGUCGUGGCGUGAUCUUGCAUGAGCAUGACAGUGUGCUGCCUGUGGCGCGGUUGUUGGGGGCGGUGGUAACCUCCUCUUUGUCGGUGAAGUUAGCACCACCGCUUUGCCUACGAUUUAUCUUAUAA